AUGGCCGCGACAGCAGGAGGAUGGGCACAGCUACGGCAGCAGGCGAGAGCGCAGGAGACACAAACAGAAACAUUAUUCCACACAUAUGCCCAGUUCGCGUCUAAAACCGACCUCGAAGCUAAGCCUAGCGAUGAUGAGAGGCGAACAGAAGAGCAGCUGAACGAAGUGUUAGAAAAGCGCUCAGCCUUGCUCAAUCAGCUCGCUCGUGUCCUCGACUCAGAGCCUACGCCAUCCGCACUGAAAUCGACGAACCUAGCCAGACACAGAGAGAUACUACAACAGCACCGGACAGAACUGUCGCGCUUGAAGUCGCAGAUCGCCCAUACACGAGAUCGAGCGAACUUGCUGUCGAACGUGCGCAACGAUAUCGAUGCAUAUCGAUCGAGAGAUAACCCAGAGGCAGCGGAAGCGGAAUACAUGCUGGACGAAAGACGGAGACUCGACAACAGCCACAACAUGACCGACUCCGUACUCAGCCAGGCAUACGCCGUGAACGAGAGCUUCGGUCUGCAAAGGGAAAAUCUAACGAGCAUACAACGCAGGAUCACCGGCGCGGCAGCACAGAUACCAGGCAUUAACGGACUGAUGCAGAGGAUAGGCAGCAAGAAGAGGCGAGAUGGCAUCAUCCUGGGCUCCUUUAUUGCCAUAUGCUUCCUGGCAUUGCUCUGGUUCUGGUAG